AUGCAGACUCAUGGCUAUAAAUUCUGGAACUAUGUUCCCUCAAUAGCUGCAGCAGUCAUCUUCAUGCUUUUGUUUCUGGUGAUGACUGGUCUUCUUUCUUGGAAGCUUUUCAGAACACGUACCUGGUUCUGUAUAGCCUUUACCCUCGGCGGACUUUUUGAAAUCAUCGGAUACAUUGGUCGAUGCGUUGCGCAUAACAAUACCACGACAAUGGGACCAUACAUUGUCGCCAACAUGUUCAUCCUCCUCGGCCCUACCCUCUUCGCCGCGUCCAUCUACAUGACCCUUGGUCGAAUCAUUCGUCGGGUGCAGGGAGGACAUCUUUCACCGAUUCGGGUGUCACGUCUCACAAAGACUUUCGUCUGGGGAGAUGUGCUGUCUUUCGUUGUCCAAGGCAAUUCUUCCUCACUUUCUGUGCUUGGGUACGCCCAGUGGGCGAAAGUUUGCGUUGUUGGCGGACUGGCAAUUCAACUGGUCUCCUUUUCCCUCUUUUGGGUGACGGCCAUUGUGUUUGCGAAACGUCUCCGUCGUGCGCCAACCCCAGAGUGUCUCAAGCCCGGGAUUCCCUGGCAAAGGUCGUUACGCAUGCUCUAUGCUGUGAGUGCCUUGAUUUUGAUCCGUUCCAUCUUCCGAAUCAUCGAAUAUGUCAUGGACAAUGACGGAUACCCGCUCAAACACGAGUGGACAAUGUAUAUAUUCGACAGUGUACCGAUGAUAGCCGUCAUGGUUAUUUUCUUCAUCUGGUACCCUGAUCAAAUGAGCCUCGAUGCGGAUACCGAACAAGGUAUACCAUUGGCACACAGUUAUUCCGGAGUAUAG